UUCUACGUGAGGCAGCGAACAGUGACAAGGAGACAAGACAAGAGACUUCUCUUAUAUUGUAAGCCACUACUCUUGCCGAUUUUGAUUUUCUGUUUGCUUGAUAUAAGUGAAAUAUAAAAUUUCUUCUGGCUUUUUCUAUUCAGUUAACUUCACAGUCCUGAAGAUUUUGGUGGCAAACACGAAGGUAAAUCAAAAUUUAUUUCAAUACCUGGCUCUAGCUCUGCCUUAAAGUGCGAGCCACAAAGUUACGAUAAGAACCAUUACAAUUUAUAACGUCUGCAACCAUCUUUUCCUGCUUAAGUUCCUUAUUAUGCUCAGAAAUUAUUCUAAUACAUCUCGAUCGAAAGCCAUCCCCUCCAAACAAGCAUUCGUCGGAGGACAGAUUAAUCGCUGAAACAAAAGUAGUUAAUCAAAAAUGUUUUCUCCCUGGCCUUUCAAAAUUUAGUUUAGUAAUCAAUGGUAUUGAUAAACUCCACCGCUUCAAAAGUACCUCGUAAAACUGCUUAAAAUUGUGGCCAAAGGAUUAUCUUUUGAAUAAGUGUUAGGAAUACAUGGCUGCUAAGUAGACAUCUCAAACUUACGGGAGUAAAACACAGGGUCUUAAGCCAAAAUUUUAGCCGUUAGCCGUAAAAGCGAUAGCCCCAUUGAGAUAUCCCAAAUUGAGAAUAUCAAAUAGAACCGUAAAAAAUAUGAUUAUCGUUUUAGAUGAAAAGAAAAGCAGGAACGUUUUUUUAUUUUACUAGAAUUUAAAUUAUUUACAUUUGAACAAAACCUCCGAUCCAAAUCAAACUUCAUUUAGAAAAGAAAUCGUAGUUAUUACAAUACAUUUGAAAUCUCCAUACGCUGAAGAAAGUUACAUAGAAUCGAGAAAUGCAGGAGCCUCAUGCAAAAUUCUUAUGUCUUUACCCAUAUUUGAACUUUCUUGUCUCUGAAUGAAGUUCUGCUGCCAUUCUUGCGUCGAAUUUGGAUCAUGCGAAAAAAUUUCAAUUUAAUACUCAUAUCAAAAGCUAUGAACUUUUAUGAGCCGAUAAGAUCUUUUCUUUAUCUGUAAAUUUUAAUAUGUCGUCCGUGUUUCUUUCCCGCAGACGUUUCCUUGAUCUUACUAAGAAUUUUAUGUUUGCUUAUUUCUAAACAGAUCACCGAUACAAAAUGGUGGUAAAAAUUGCAACCUUCUGGAUUUCUUUUUUCGCGGUGUCAUAUUUGUUUUUCUGUCGCGCAGCGAAUAACAAGUCUAGUCAACCAUCAAACAGCAAAGUGGUAAGUUUUAAAACUCUUUUGAUAUCUCUUAAAUAAGUUCUUGGAAUAAGGAUUCCUUUUUCCACGAAAUAGAGUUAACCAGUACUUGUCUGUGAUGAAAAAUAUUAGAAAUUUUGGAUCCAUGUCACUGAAAUAUGUCCAUGAGAGCUUUUUCAUUAGAAUUUACAAUUUUUCAAAACAUAUCUCACAUUCAUACCAGCAACCUCCACCAUACUUUUAUGCUGGGAUGCCUGGUAUGCACGGAAAGCCUGGGCUCCCUGGUGCACCUGGUCGUGACGGCCGUGAUGGACGCGAAGGAGUUAAAGGCGACCGAGGUAGCCCAGGGAAGACUGGACCUCAAGGACCUCCAGGCCUCAAGGGAACUCCGGGUGUUAAAGGAGAACCUGGAGUACAGGGUCCUCCCGGCCAAAAGGGGCAGCAGGGAGAAAGUGGGAAAAAUGGAAUCCCGGGGAAUCCUGGUGUGAUGUCUUUUAAGAACUGGAAAGAGUGUGCGUGGAAGAACUUGAAUGACCCCAAAAACAACGGCUUGAUUAAGGUGAAUAGUUAUGAUAGUAGGACGAAAAAAUAGUCUAACAUACAAUUGCUAUGUUAUCAAUUUAACUUUUUAGUUUCUUCGUUUGCAAACAACAUUAAUUUCUCACAAACAAAGAAGUCACGCUUGCUAAGUCCCUCCGGGCGCUUACGGUUCCAUGUUUUAUCCGUAUAUCUUCGGUUCCUAGUAAUUCUUUUCUUCAUUUCUCGUUACUUAUUUUCUCAGGAGUGUGUGUUUACCAAGAACUUUUCCUACACAUCUCUCCGUGUUUCCUGGACUGGAGCUCUUCGAGUCUAUGGCUGCACUGGUUGCUGUAAACGCUGGUAUUUCACUUUCAACGGUGCUGAAUGUUCAGGUCCCCUGCCAAUCGACGGUAUUGUGUACCUGGGUGGUGCUCGUUCUGUAAAUCCUCACCGUGUCCGCCAUAUUGAGGGUCACUGUAACAACAUCCACAAAGGCAAGGUGCGCGUGGGGUUCUGGGUUGGUAAUUGUCAGUCAAGUAGCCGAAAUGGUUACGAUGCCUACACUGGCUGGCAAUCAGUGUCGCGGAUCUAUGUUGAGGAAAUUUCGAAACCGCAAGCUUAG